AUGAAAGGAGAGUCGUUCACUCCUCUGGUUGUAUCAAUAGGGCCUUUUCACCAUAGCAAAGAAAGAUUGAAAAUCAUGGAGAAGUUUAAAAUGAGAUGCUUGGAGAGAUUCCUGCAACACUCUAACUGUAAUGUGGAGGAUUUAGUAGACACAAUAAAGAGUUUGGAAGGAAACGUUCGUCGUUGUUAUGCAGAAACUAUCCAUCUUAGCAGUGACGAGUUUGUGAAACUAAUAUUGUUGGAUGCGUGCUUCGUUAUUGAAUUUUUCAUCAGCGAGUCGGGCAUGCUAUGGUCACCUGAAGACACAGUAUUAAUGAAGCCAUGGCUGACAGAUACUAUAAAAGCGGACUUGAGAUUGCUCGAAAAUCAACUUCCUUUCUUUGUUAUGGAUAAAUUAUUCAACAUUAAUGCAUCAGAAUUAGGUCUUCUUAACGUCCCUAGUUCUUUCACUAGGCUCUCGUUUGAUUUCUUUAGCAAAUACAACAUUCAAGGAUCGACUCCCCGUGAUGGUUUGGAAAUAAAGCACUUUGUUGAUUUGGUCAGAACACUUCUUUUACCUUCAUCUAAAGCCCAGUUGGUAAGAGAUGAAGAUGGUAUUGUUGGGCAUUUGUAUAGUGCGAGCCAACUGAAUGAGGCCGGAGUGGAGUUUAAAGUGAGCUACAGCAAGAGCUUAGUUGACUUGCAAUUCAAAAACGGAGCCUUGGAAAUUCCAUAUUUGGAAUUAGAUACCAACAUGGAGCCCACUCUAUGGAAUGUCACGGCCUUUGAGUUGUGUCACUAUCCAGAUAAUGCACAUGUUGGUGAUUACAUAGUUCUAAUGAGUUUCCUUCUCAGGACUACCAAAGAUGAGGAUUUACUCAUCGAACAGGGAAUCUUGGUUAAUUGGGUAGGCGAAAACAAUGCAGCGACUGCCUUUUUCAACAAUCUCUGCCCGCAUUUGUUUCUGACAAACAUGAACACAAGUUAUACUCGCCUGGCUGAAAACUUGAAUGCAUUCUACAAGGUGCCUUGGCAUGCUUGGAAGGCUACCUUUAAACGAGAUUAUUUCAGCACUCCUUGGAGAACAUUUUCUACCGUAGCUGCUGUCACUUUGCUGGUGCUCACUCUCAUACAAACAGUAUGCUCUCUUAAGCAAGCACCGCAUAACUGA